AUGCCCUACAAGAAGCUUUUGCAAACACUCCAACGGGAUGGUAUCCUUCCUAAGUGGAAAGGCCAUGUAUGUCCUCGUUGUGGCAUGGGAAAGCUGAGCAAGUUGAAGUUCGUCAAAUCCCGCAAAACAUGGAUGCAUCAAUGCUCAUCUCGCGGAUGUAAGAAGUAUCUUCAGCCAGACGAUUUCCAUCCGAUCUUCUUUCGAGGUUCAGGCUCAUCGGUGACACCUCUCCAUGUCCAGGUUUGCAUCUUCUAUGCUGCGCUCGCAGGGGUUUCGGUGAACUCCGCCCACCUGAUUUUGAACACAGACCACAAAGCAGUAGAACGAGUGUACAACAACUUGGAUGCCGCAAGAGCCCGAUAUGUGGAGCAUAAGGAGAAGUCCAUUACCUACGGCAGUGCAUCGGGUGAUCUUUGGAGGGAUGUUGAGGCUGACGAGGUGGAUGUAGGGAAGGCCCUCGAGGAGGACAGUGAUCAGAAGCCCAAGCUCCGUUGGGAGCAAUGGUGUGGGAUGCCGCCUUUGACAGCACCUCGCGCACCCGGACCCGGACCAAUUCGCAAACGGGAUUGGAGUGACAUCGGCAACAAGCUUCUUCGUGAUCGGCAUGUGGUUUUGCACACAGAUGGCGCUCGUGCUUACAAACUUCGCAUCCCCGGUGUCAUGCACUGCAAUGCCGUUUGGGUGAAGCCCCACUUCACCAAGGUGUACAAGUUGAAGAUGCCGAACAAGAAAACAUUGAAAGUGAAGUCAGGGACGCAAAUCAUCGACAGGUUUUGGGGUCACUUGCGGGCACAUGUAAAAUACACGCAACGCAAGCCUGGCAAUGUGAUUCUUCGACGGAAGAUUAGAGCAGCUCAGUUUACGUAUUGGACGAAAGGCCAGAAUGCCUGGAAGGCUGCGGGCAAUAUGCUGCAGUACUUGUUUGAACUGUAG